AUGGAUACCGAAAUGAACCUGUCUCCUAUGCCAGUUCAGUCUGUACCGGCUUCUCCAUCACUAGGUCCUCGCAAGCGAUCGAUACACGAAGUGGACGGAGCGGGGAAUCCGUCCCCGAGCUCGAAACGUUCCUUCCCUGAUGCCUCGAACGAAAACCAAGAGAACAGGGAUCCAUCUCUUCCUUUGCACCCAAAAGAGCCACCAUCACCAUCGAGCAGGCAAUCCUUUGUUGUUGAAGUACCCGCCAUGAACAUUAAUCAGAAUCAUGUGUCCACGGUGGCACCUACUGCCGGCGCCUCUGUGCAAUCAGACCCUAUCCAGCAAGCGGGCAGUGGUUCCCCAACAAAAUCUGAUACUACUACGGCCCCUGCCACUAAGAAGCGCAAGCUAUCUCCAACCAGCCAACAGGCAAAGCAGCAGGAGAAGGAACGACAAAAAGCCGAGGAAAAGCAUAAGAAGGAGGAAGACAAGCGCUUAAAGGAAGAAGAAAAGAAGAAGCGCGAUGCUGCCAAGGAAGAGGAGAAACGUCUGAAGGAGGAAGAAAAGAAGAAGCGCGAGGCCGAACGGGAAGAAGAAAAGAAGCAGCGGGAGGAGAAGAAGAAGGCGAAGGAAGAGGAGAAGGCUGCGAAAGAAGCGGCCAAGGAGGAGGAAAAGCGUCGCAAGGAAGAGGAGAAGCAGAAGAAGGAGAAGGCUCAACCUAAGCUCAACUCCUUCUUUGCAAAACCGCGACUCCCCUCAGCUGUCACAGGAGCUGCCCCGGCAUCCCCGAAGAAGACGGCUCCCAGUGUUAUUGAAACAACUGCAGAGGUGCCUACCAGCACCAAGUCCGAUUAUCAGAGAGUCUUCCCCGACUUCUUCCUUCAGUCACACACAAUUGUCGCACCUCCACAUCGCUUCGAGCGGGACUCCGAAGCUCUGCAACAUGUUCGACAGAAACUUGACGGCUAUAUGGCUUCACACAGUGCCACGAUUCAACCUAUACCUUUCAAACCCUCCGAAGUCUUCAAUAUCAUUCCAUUCAGCCGUCGUCGAGGUCGAAACAACCGGCCUGUGAAAGAGAUAUUACAGAAGAUUCAGCGUGCGAGUGAUGAGUCUUUACAACCGGGUGCCAAACAAGACCCCGCGCCAGUUCAGAACCUGCACAAGCUUUUGCGCACGAUUACGGUCAAGUCCCUAAGAUUUGGAGAAGAUGUACGCCCGCCUUACCAAGGAACAUGGACGCGCACUGUGCCUGAGCCAUCCGUGAAAAAGCUCUGUCGAAACCCCUACCACCGUGGUUUGCCCGAUAUAAACUACGACUACGACUCCGAAGCCGAAUGGGAGGAGCCCGAAGAAGGCGAAGACCUUAACUCCGAGGACGAAGACGAGAUGAGCGACGACGGCGAGGAUGACAUGGACGAAUUUUUAGAUGACGAGGACGAUGCGUUGGCCGGUGGCAAGCGUCGACUGAUCGUUGGCGACCUGGAACCAGUUAACAGCGGAAUCCGAUGGGCGGCGGACGGUAUUGAUCCCGAUUUGAAGAUGUAUCAGAUUGAGACGAUAUCGGACGCAGUCAAGUUCCCGAUCGAUCCAUUCUCCACUGCAUACUGGGAAAAGCCGCGGGCCGAACCUGUCACAGCCAAGGGACGGGCUGCUGUGACUGGCUUGGAAGCGUUCGGGGUCAAGCCCAAAUCGACUGCCCCUGCAGUCAGCACUGCUCUACCGCCACCACCGACCACGUCAAAAGCCAGGAAGCCGUUCCCUCCGGAAUCGCUGAAUGAUUUCAAGCAGGCUGUUGACGGGAGCGAUCUUAGUAAGAUUGGACUGGUGGAGAUCCUGAAGAAGAAAUUCCCCAAAGUGUCGAAAGAGACACUGAAGGCCACUCUUGACCAGGUUGCGGUCCGUAUAGGCCAGAAAGAAGUGGAUAAGAAGUGGGUGUGUCGGUGA